GUAUACUUAUACGACCUUUUUUUUUAUGAAAUACUUAUAAGACCUUACGUAUUCUACAUUAAUUGGUUUUUUCUCUUCUACGAGAGACGCCAUUAAAGCAACCUCUGCUCAAGAGUCUCUCUCCAGUUGCAAAAGAGGGUUUUAGCAGCUUCCGUAGAACUUAAUCCAGGAAGAAGGUUUUAUCAAGUCCAUUGAGAGAUUAAUCUCUCAUUGAGGUUUUGCAAGAAGAGGGUUUAGCAGGUUGAGUUUCUCCUUCUGAAGUGGUUUUGCUGGUUUCUGUUGAUGGUGGUGGUAAUUGUAUCUUGAAUGGAUCGUUGUGGCCUCCUUUGGUUUUCUCUGCUCUGUUUGAUCCUGCAUUUUAAACGUUCACUUGUUUUUGUUAGUUUGAUGCCUUUUUUUUCCCAGGGGAGCUUUCAUAGAACUUAAUCCAGGAAGAGUGUUAAUCGAGUGCAUUGAGAAGAUUAAUCUCUCAUUGAGCCCAAGGAUUUCUUGUGAGAGAAAUUAGGCUCUAAGACAUGGACUGGAACGACAGCAGUAAAUCAAGUGACAGUCUCCAAUGGAUUGGUGAAGAUGAAGAGGAAGUCAACUCUAACACUGUUCCAUUCCAUUCAUCUUCAAAUUUUAAUACUCAUGAGGCAAGUACAUCUGCAGGUCCUCACUCCAGUUUGUUCUCUUAUUUUGUUGGAAUGGGCUUCUCUAAAAACAUGGUUGUUAAAGCUAUCAAGGAGAAUGGAGAAGGAAACACGAAUGCUAUACUGGAAACUCUUCUGACAUACUCGAUGAUUGAAAAAUCUCCUUCUGAAUGUGAACUUAUACCAUAUGAUACAGAUUCUUCAGAAAGCAAAAUGGAUGAUCUUGACCAACUAUCAGAUAUAAGUAGUUGUCUUGGAGAUGAGGUUGGGGGGUGGGAGCAGGAAACCAUAGAGCAUUUAUCUGACAGGGAGAAGAAAUUCCUGCAGUUAAUGGAUAUGGGCUUCCCAAUAGAUGAUGCAUCCUCAGCUUUGGAAAAAUGUGGUCCAGAUACCUCAAUUAUGGAACUAAUGGACUUUAUAUCUGCUGCACAAAUAGGAAAGAUACACAAUCCUCAACUACAUCCAAUUUUAGAUGAAAAUAAGCCAGGGUCAAGUAAUUUUCACACUACUCCAGACAAGAAAAGGAAGAAGCUCUUUGAAGCAGAGGAGAGAUGGCAAAAAAAAGUUGAUUCAUGGAGGAGGCGGCAAAAAGAAUCAUAUAAAGAAAGGAAGAAAUCAUUGCUGCAUGAAGAUGAAGAAACUGUUCGUGUACCAAAACCUAUGAAAGGGUUCGGACUCCCAAAUAUGCAAAUGACUGUGUUCAAUAGGAAAAUUCCCUCCGAAGCCAUUGGGCCUCCCUUUUUCUAUUUUGAAAAUGUGGCUUUGGCUCCUAAAGGUGUCUGGGAUACCAUAUCUCGCUUCUUAUAUGACAUACAGCCUGAGUUUGUUGACUCGGUGUAUUUCUGUGCCGCUGCAAGAAAAAGAGGUUACAUUCACAACCUUCCCAUUCAGAACAGAUUUCCUCUCCAGCCUAUUCCACCACUUACAAUUCAAGAUACAUUUCCAUUGAGCAAGAAGUGGUGGCCUUCAUGGGACAAGAGAACUAAAUUUAACUGUUUAAACACUUGCACUGCCAGUGCAAAACUGACAGAGAGGAUAAAAAAGGCCCUUGAAAGUUGGGAUGGGGAGCCACAUCCAAAGACCCAAAAGUACAUUCUUUUUGAAUGUAAAAAGUGGAAUUUAGUUUGGGUUGGCAAGAACAGAGCUGCCCCUCUUGAUCCAGAGGAGAUAGAGGUGCUCAUGGGAUUCCCUAAGCACCAUACACGAGGGGGUGGCACCAGUAGGACUGAGAGAUUUAGAUCUCUUGGAAAUUCAUUUCAGGUAGACACUGUUGCUUUCCAUCUCUCGGUCCUGAAGAAGAUGUUUCCACAUGGUAUUUCAGUACUUUCUCUCUUUUCUGGUAUUGGGGGUGCCGAGGUAGCUUUGCAUCGGCUUGGAAUCCCUCUGAAGAAUGUUGUGUCAGUAGAGAUUUCAAAUGUUAAUAGGAACAUUCUUCAGAGCUGGUGGGACCAAACAAAUCAAAAAGGAAAUCUGAUCCAUGUUGCAGAUGUACAAAAGUUGAGCAUUGAUAGGUUGGAGGAGUUGAUCAAAUCACUUGGUGGGUUUGACCUUAUAAUUGGUGGGAGCCCGUGUAACAAUCUUACUGGGAGCAAUAGGGUGAGCAGAGAUGGGCUUCAGGGUGAGCAGUCUAUUUUGUUCUAUGAAUAUUUUCGUGUGUUAAAUGAUGUUAAGUUUUUGAUGGGUAAAGUUUAACGAUUGGGCUCAUAGGACCUAAAAAAGUAAGUUGAGGUUUUUUUGUUACUAGAUAUAUAAGGAUAUUUCUCUGUUUAAUAGUUUCAGCAAUUGUAGAUGAGUUGUUAUAGAAGGAUGUCUCUCUUACAUCCUAAAUUUCUUCAAAUGUGGUUCCAAACCUGCUGAUGACAUUAAUGACUGUAAAUACACAAUUUCAUUCAGGGUGAUGACAGGCAUAGUUGGAAAUUAUUAGCUGCUUUGGAUUAUCAGAUAUGUGGUGCGAUUAAAUUCUUAAUGAUCUUUUUGGACUCCA